CCAAAAGGGAAAGAACAAAGAACCGGAAGUACGGAGUACCUUCACUCAAUCACUCCGUCAGUCUGCUUACCGUCUCCGCCCCGCCCACCGUUCUUUCUCUCGACUCUGGCAAAUAUAUAAAUACCGAAGCGAGAUCCUCUCCCCCGCUCAACUUGUUUCCAAUCUAUCUUCCAACCCAGACUGUCUCUGAGAAGAGAUUCUCCGACGACUUCAACUUGUUCAUGUAUGACAACCAUCGAUUCCUCCUCCGUCGCAGAAUCAAGCAUGGACAACACCUCCCAUGACCACCUUCAUCUCCAUACCACCAACACGGUCGACAACCUCCAAAAGACCAGCACUAAGCACCGCCGUGCCUGCGGUGGUGACGGAUUUGGUGAUGACGGCGAAGCCCUGGCCGGAGAAGGCGAGAGGGAGGUCUGGGCGACUUUCAGUAAGAGCUUUCACCAGGUCCAGACGGUCUUGGAUCAGAAUCGUGUUUUGAUUCAGCAGGUUAACGAUAAUCACCAGUCCAAGAUCCCCGAUAACCUCACCAAGAAUGUUGCCCUAAUUCGUGAGAUUAAUGGGAAUAUCUCCAAGGUCGUCUCGCUCUACUCCGAUCUCUCUGCUAAUUUCUCCAAUAUUGUUCAUCGGCGCCGUGGUGCGAACGCCAAGAGCGACGGCAACAUCGACAGUAAUGACAAGGAGGAGUACAUGGAGGCCUGAUUCGGUAAUCUCAAUAAUUCCGUUUCCUACCACCAAGCCUAUGUUAAGUUGGUCUUCCUAACUCCUAAGCAUACUUCAGUAGCCAGUUAUUGCUUCUCGUUAAUUGUGUCGGAUUGGUCGUGUUCGCCGAGGGGGAAGAUAAGAUUUAGGUCUUCGGCUUUAAUGUGCCAGUGUGUGGUUGUCUUGUGUUUGUUGCUGGUUCUGUCAUGGUCGUGGGUCUGCUAGUGGUUAUAUUAUAAUGCUUACGUGAUGCUUUGUUAUGUUGUCUGUUGAAUUCUCUUAUCAGGAUAUUUUCUGUGGGAUUACGAUACCAUCUUCCUCUUUCAACUGCAUUCAUGACGAGCUCAAAAGCUCCAACAGAGGGUGCCUUCAUAUACACAGCUCAUGAGUGGCAGCAAGGCAACAGUCUGCAGAAAACAGAAAGAGGAUCAAAAUAUCGGCAUCAAGGGGCAUAUUGGUUAGUCAGUUUUUGAACAUGUAUCAUGGGAAGAAUGGAGACAGUCAGAUAAACCAAGAAAGAAACGAAAGAUUCGCAGAGAAACCCCCGAGGAAAAGCAUGUGGUUCCAUAUUCAUCUUUAUAUUAAACUUUUGUUCAAAUAAACCUUUGAUAAAUAGGGAAGGUUACCUGUGGCUGUGGCUGCCUUGUUCACAA